UUAGCCGUUUUUAUUUAUUUUCCUGCUACAUACAAAUUUGGGUAAGGGUAAAUAUGUGUUUCAUUUUCCAGCCAAUGGAAGGAACGGCUGUUGUCCUGAAAGCAACUUUAUAAAGCAGGGAAAUAAGUAAACGUGAGAGUAUUGGUAAACGAACUACAUAUCCCACGAUGCACCUACACAAGUACGGUUAGUUUUGUUUCCGGGUCAUUUACAGAGCAACGUUGGAGGCACAUUUCAACCGGUCAUCCGGCAUAAGCAGCUGUAGGUGUUCGUCAUGACAGCCUCAGCUCAGGCAGAGGGGGAUUAAAGCGUGUACUUGGGAGGAGACACAGGAGAGGCUUUUGCUGUUCUUAAUCUGCACAGGUAACAACAGCGACCCUUUUGCAAGACCAGCUCAGGAUGGAUCUUGGUAAGGCAAAGCUGCUUAGGAGCGGACUCAACACGCUACACCAAGCCAUCCACCCUGUGCACGGGAUUGCAUGGACAGAUGGAAAGCAGGUCUGCCUGACGGCUCUCUACUUCCUUAAUGGCGAGCUGAAGUUUGGAGACACUAAUGUUAUCGGGCAGUUUGAGCAUGUCUUUGGACUCUUCUGGGGCCCGUUGUGCUGCUCAGAUUCCCCCGCACUCCUGGCUGUCCAGCAUAAGAAACACGUUACGGUGUGGCAGCUUCAGCUCAGUGCCCUUGAGCAGAACAAGCUGCUGUGCACGCAGACCUGUGAAAUGAGUGAGCCCUUCCCUUUGCUCUCUCAAGGCUGUGUCUGGCAUCCUAAACUGGACAUGCUGGCCGUGCUGACGAAGCGAGACACAUCCGUAUUGUUUUCUGUCAGGGUGGACAACAGGAGGAUCAAAGCAGACAUCAAAGGUAGUGGACUCAUUCAUUGCGCUUGUUGGACUAAGGAUGGCACGCGCCUGGUGGUGGCUAUAGGCAGUGCUCUUCAUUCGUUCAUUUGGAAUGACAUCCAAAAAAGUCUGGUGGCAUGCACCUUCUGCCCCAUCUUUGACGUGGGGGGCUACAUCUGUGCAAUCGAGGCCACCGGGGAGGUUCAGGUAGCUGUGGCUACAGAGCUACCUCUUGAUAAAUUAUGUGGGUUGAACUCUGGCAUAGCUUUUGACCUGCCGACAGAGACAGAACCUCUACAAAGCCAGGGCUCGCACGUGGUCAUGUCAGAUGAUGAUAGCGUUCAGGAUUCAAGGAGGAGGUCAUUUGAGUCAGAGAGAUCAUACAUCCCCAGCUCAAGCCCCUUUGAUCUUACCCAUCUCUUGGCGAGGCACCGUCGCUCGGAUCCCAGCCCACUUAUUCACUUGCGCCGCAGGGACACCAUUUCUGGUUCUGGGCAGGACAGCUCACACCUCGUUCUGGUUACAUAUGAGAGGAAGGUAACUACCACUCAAAAAGUCAGCAUUCCAGGGAUUUUGGUCCCGGAUAUUGUUGCUUUUGAUCCUCGUGCCUCUACAGUUGCAGUUGCUUCCAAUACCUGCAACAUGGUUCUCGUGUAUUGUAUCACAGCCUCCGCUAUGCCGAACAUUCAGCAGAUUUCUCUGCAGAUAAACGAAAGGCCCAAAGGUGUCUGCUUCCUCAAUGACAAGGUGCUGCUGUUGAUGGUGGGCAAGCAGAAGUCUAACGAUCCUGCCUUUCUUCCGUCUUCCAACACGGACAAAUAUAUUCUUCGCCUCAUAGCCAAAGAGCUUAUAUACGAUGGAGGAACAGCUAAUGCACCAUCCCCCUCUGGUGUCAACCACGAGUCUUCUUCUAAUUUCUGCGCAGGGAUUAGGAGGCACUCAGAGCACCUGUCAAAGGAUGACAGAGAGCGCCCAGGGAUAAAAGAUUUGUUGCUGCCAGGAAGGGGGGUAGUUUGUUCGCCCGCGAGCAGACGCAGGCUGGUUGAGGAGGUCAGGAGCAACGAACCCAGCUCCAUCACCAGCUCCGUGGACGUCUCUGAGCGACCAGAAAGAGCCUCGUCCAGUACCUCGUCCAUCACAGUUGAGAACUUUGACAUGGACCACGUCAAUCGAAUGGCCAGCCUGGCGGUGGGAGGCCAGGCCAGCAGAGAUUCCAGCCGGGCAAGUUCUCCUCGCUUUGAGCCAGCGGAGAAGAUUCACUCGGAGCCUCCGACGCUGCCGAUGCCAGGGAAAACAUCCGGACAGGCAAGAGAGUGCUCCCUGGAGCAGCUUGUUCACAACAUGGAAAGGCUUAAUACAAGCUUCGCAGAUGUGCAGCAGUGCCUGAAAGAAAUCAGAGAUUAUACACAGAACGGCAAAAAGGCCCAAACGGUCUAUCCCAACGCAACUGAUCCCCCGUAUGUCAAUGUCACGUGCCAGAAGCAGUUAUCAGAGAACGUGUUCAUCGACGAGAGGAGACCAGUGCUCCUGUGUGAUGGAAAGCUUUGUCUGCGUGCCAUCCAAGACCUUUUCAAUCUUAACAUUGUGGAGAUGAUGUACGGACCGUUGUGGAUCGUACUUGUGGCAGAUGCUGAUGGCUUCGUGCCUCUGACGUUUAAACCCAAAGAUGAACUGACAGUGCGCAACGGGAAGAGGAAAUCUACCCUGCGGACUCCUGGAAGUCCGGAGAAUUCCUGCCCAUCCAGUCCAGCCCCCAGCCAAAACCCUACGACUGCAGAGACCUCCACAUAGCAGCUCCUGACACACACCUGUACGGACUCGCAUAGGGGUGUUUCUCUUUGACUUUCAAAUCUGCGAUCUCAAUGCCACAAAAAAACCACUGUUCAUACUGCAAAUUAUAUUUUUAUGGUUAAAAAAAAAACGUGCUCCUCAAAAGGCUGUCCUUCGGAUAUAUAUACUAGAUUUGUAUGUUUAUUUUUUUUUAUGAGAUUACUAAUAAGUACUUUUUUUGGCGAUGCAGUCGUUAUAGUCUUCCUCCUUUAAAAAAAAAAAAAAAGGCAACAGUUCCUAGAGUAUCCUUAAACCAGUAUUGACAUUUCUUCCCAAAUGAUUAAUUUAAAAUUUAAAUAAAUAUAAAAUUUAGUUUUUACUUCUUAAAAGUUUGGAUUUUGACUCUUAUGCUUAACAGUUUACCCUAAAUAUUACAAUGUUAAUGUUUUUACCUGAAAAAUUACUCAUUCUUAACACAUUUAAAAGAAGGCGCUUUUUUGUUGAUGACAGUAAUGUAUCUGACCACAAGAGGGUGCAACACUCCACAAAUAUUCUUAAGGUUAUACAACUGUAGUCUGUUGAAAAGAAAGUAACAUUUCAAUUAUAGGGUUUUACUUUUAAGGACAUAAGGCAAAUGUGGUCUUCAACUAUUGUUCUAAAAUAUAUAAAUCUAACCUCAACUGUUUGAAGGUGCUUGAAAUACCAAGCUGUGUGUGUAAAACUAAGUACACCCCAUAAUUCAAUGCCUGUAGAACUCUUUUUACCAGAAAUAACUUGACCUUGGUUUAAGCACGACUUUAUCACUUUCUCACAUUGUUGUGCAGGACUUCAGACUUGCUCUUCUUUAGGUCCCACCACAGUGUUUCACUCAGAUGGAGGUCUGGGUGUUGACUGGGUCAUAGCAGAACAUUGAUUAUUGUCUACUGCAGAGAUUCUGUUGCACAGUUGCUGCUCUGUUUGGGAACUUUGUGCUGUGGCAUGACCCAGUUUGGGCCCAGCUUUUGCUGUUGGACAGAGGGUCUCACAUUUAUCUUUAUCUUACUUUGGUAUAGAGAGUUCAUAACUGAAUGCAAGGUGCUUAGGCUAGUGGCUAUACAAGCCCAAAUCAUCACCCAUCCACCACUGUGCUUGAAAAAUUACUAAAUGUUUGUUCCAAAAUCCUGUUUCUGGUUUUGUCCAGACAUGAAAUGGUGCAUGAUGGUCAGACAUGUCUACUUUGGCCUCAUCUCUCCAAACGACAUUGUUCCAGAUGUUUUGUGAUUUAUUCAGAGGCAAUCUCAAUCCUUCCUAGACCGAUGGGCAGCAGGAGGCGCUUGUCUGAUAGCAUUGCUGUUGUCUAUCCUUCUUGGCAAUGUGGUAACAUUCGCCGGUUGAUUACCGAUUAAACUGCUUUGCAUUUGUGGUUCUGGCGGCUAAUUUCUAGGAGUAAAACCGAGUAAAGACCAGAUUAUUUGUAUGAUGUUCUAAGGGAUAGAACCUUAGAGUUGAAAGAGGGUGUACUUUCUUGUUUACCAUGGUGAAGGGUGAAUGUUAUUUACAACUAGUGCCCCUUUUUUUUUUAUGUCCAUACAUUCCUUUGCAAUACCUCCACUUUGAAGAAAGACAAGAGCCGCAUAUGUGUUUGGUCCUAACCCGUCUCUACGGCGUUUAUUCAUCUCCUGUUUGUAAAUGUGUAUCAUAAAUAAAUAACAGCGUAGUAUUAAACACAGCAAAUAAUAUA